GAUGCUGUUACAGUGGAUGGAGGAGGGGAUUUUUGCUGCAAAAAUCAAAUUCCGCUAUUUGACGUAGUCCUACUUUCAAUCCAUUCAUUUUUUCUGAUUUUCACUGAGAGGCGUUCCAAGUAACACUUAAACACAAGGCACACACACAUUGAUUAUUUUGGGCAUUAAUCAACCAAUGUAUCUAGUGCAAGGUAUCUGUUGUUUUCGCUGAUGAUUGACAAGUUUGUUUGCAGUAGGAUCUAUUUCCAGAUGACGUAAAAUUGAAAAGAGCUGGGAAGCUAAAUGAAAAAUGAGCUUAACAGCUUGGUUUUUAGUUAGCAGUGGAGGCACUCGCCAUCGGCUGCCACGUGAGAUGAUUUUUGUUGGAAGAGAUGACUGUGAGCUGAUGUUGCAGUCAAGGAGUGUGGACAAACAGCAUGCUGUGAUAAAUUAUGAUUCCUCAAUGGAUGAACAUUUAGUAAAAGACCUCGGCAGCCUGAAUGGGACAUUUGUGAAUGAUGUCCGGAUUCCUGAUCAGGUGUAUAUGACUUUGAAACAAGAAGAUAAACUUCGAUUUGGAUAUGAUACAAAUCUCUUUACCGUUGUCCGAGGAGAAUUGCGUGUACCCGAGGAGGCCCUUAAGCAUGAGAAGUUCACAAGCCAACUGCAUAUGUCCCAAAAAUCUACCGAGCCAGAGGUACCAAAGUUGGCAGGCUGCAAAAAUGUUGAUACAAAAGCAUUAGAAGAUUUCAAGCAUGAAGCAUCUCCUAAAGUUUCAGAUGGUGCCAAAUGUGAAGAUAAAACUGCUGAAAUCCCUGGUUUACAUCAAGCACCGGAAAAUACUUUGCUGCAGCAUAGCAUAACAGCAGAACUUUCUGCCAUGCCUCGAGGCACACCCCUUUAUGGGCAGCCAUCCUGGUGGGGUGAAGAUGAUGCUGAUGAUGAGAAUUCUUCCAAGCAGGAGGCAAAGCCAUCUACUAAGAAACAAGAUGGGAGUGCAUCGGGAAGCACUAAGGAAACUAAGAAAUCUGAGGAGGAACAGAAACCAGAAAAAGAAACUGCUUUUUCAUUUUGUAGGGAGCCCAGUUACUUUGAGAUCCCUACUAAAGAAUUUCAGCAGCCCUCUGAGAUGGAAGAGGGUGAUAUUCAUGAAGCACCAACAAAGGACAUGACAAGUUCUCAUGCAGCAAGUGCAGGCCAUGCUUCGUUUACCAUUGAAUUUGAUGAUCACGCCCCAGGGAAAGUAACCAUUAAAGACCAUGUGACUAAGUUUACUUCUGAGCAUCGGCACAAAUCAAAGAGGCCAUCCUCUUGUAGCACAAAAGAACUCUCUGGACUGCAGGCUGCAAUGAUUGCUGCAGAAAGCAAAGUAGCUGAUUGGCUAGCACAAAACGAUCCGCCAAGAAUGAGAAGAGAAUCAAGGGAGGAAGACUCAAAAAGCAUUAAGAGUGAUGUCCCAGUUUACUUGAAGAGGUUGAAAGGAAGUAAACAUGAAGAUGGGACCCAGAGUGACUCAGAAAAUGGAGCUGUUUUCAGACAUUCCAGUAAACACGCUACCAUGGAAGAGCAUUUGAGAGUACAUCACAGCGAACGUAAACAUGUUCACCAAAGAAGUCACACUCAAGAAAAACCUCUUGAACUGCCUGCCUUGAGCCGAACUGCUUUUAUGAUUGAAUUCUUUGAUGGAGAUAGCACUCGUAAAAGGAGAUCCUAUUCUUUUACUCAGAAUGCAGCAGCUCUGCCUCAGGAUGGUACCUGUCCAGUACCACCCCCUACCAGACCUGAAAGACCAAAACCUACAGGAUCUGAUCCCAAAGUAGGUCCCACUUCAUCUCAUUCUGCAUCAAAUGUAAAAGUUACUCAACAUUCAAAACAUGUACUUAAGCAAAAAUGUGAGGAGGCAUCCUCACAAAAUGGACUGUUGAAAAAUUCAGGAAGCUGUGGUAGUGGACUGCGUCAUACUCAGGAAAUGGAAAAGCAAGUUAAUGUUACUAUUUCUUUAGACAAGGAGAAUGAAGAUGACCAAAGUGACAAAGGAACAUACACAAUUGAAUUGGAAAAUUCUAAUCUGGAAGAAGAGGAGGCUAGAAGAAUGAUUGAUAAGGUUUUUGGAGUAGAAGAGAGCCAAGAUCAUUCACGGCCCAUCAUUAGAGAAGCGCAAAGAGAUUUAGAGGAAGGCUGCCGCACAUCAUCUAUACUGUUGGAUAGUACAAAUACCCAGCUAGAUGCACCUGGAUUUGCUAAUGUAGAGAUUAAUCAAAAUGGGUGUUGCCCUUCCAGUAGCCCUCGAUGGGUUUCGCAGUGGGCCAGCUUAGCUGCUAAUCACAUCGGACAUGACUUUACCGAUUUGCGGUCCGACUCACAGGCAUUUGCUACUGAAGAAAAAGAAGCUGAUAUUAGUGAAUCCGGUAUUUCAGGUAAAAGUGCAGCCUCUGGCACUUCUGCCACCAGCCAAGGUGAAAGAAAGAGGAGAACUCUCCCCCAGCUUCCAACAGAAGACAAAACCGGUGAAGUAUCAAGAGCAAAAGUCUCACCUCGUCACAGAUCUGAAAUUGGUGAGAAACAGGACACUGAGCUGCAAGAAAAAGAAACAGCAACUCACAGUUCCCCCAGAGCGAAACGGGAACAGGAAGCAAAAAGUACUUCCAAGGUACACAGGCCUGUGGAUGGCUUCAGUCACAAGGCUGAUAGGGAGCUUCUUUUACCUGACAUAGGCAAAAAUGACACAAUUAUAGGAACUGCAGUAGUAAAGCAAUCUACAGUUAAUGUUAAGCAACAUGAUCAAAAGUGGACAUCUACAAAAUCAUCAACAGCAUCUAAGCAGUCUACAAGUGCUGCUAGUCAAGGUGACAAAGGAAGGGAAGACUUGGUAAAAAAGGUGCCUGGGGUUUACCACAGAGCAGUUGAUGCUAGUGAUACACGGCAAAGUAAUGGGGAUGUUAAAGACAUACCAAGUGAAGUAAAAAGAAAGAAAACUGGAGAAACACCUAGGAGUCAGACUUCUAAAGGAAGUGAUGGAGAAAGGAAGGAGACUGGAAGAGCUUUAGUAAGACAAGGCAGCUUUACAAAAGAUAAGCCAAGUGCAAAUGUACCUAUAGAACUUAUUCCUCAUAUUAGUAAGGAAAGUGAAUGUACUCCCACAUUUUCUGGAACUAGGCUGCAGGAGAAAAUUGACUCCACAGAAACUGAUUCUAGUUUGGAUACUACACUUUUGUUAAGGGAUACUGAAGCCGUGAUGGCAUUUCUUGAAGCAAAACUCCGUGAAGAGAAUAAGCUGGAUGAUGAGCCGGAAACUCCUAGCUACAACAGGGAUGAUUCUUUGUCUCCAGAAUCCGAUAUUGACACAGCUAGUACUAUUAGCCUAAUUGCUGGAGACACUGAAAGAAAAUCUCUACAAAAGCGAAGAAGCCUGACAAGUCUGUACAAAGAAAGAGGUGUCACCAGCUCUCCUUCCAAAGAUCAAAAAAAAGAUCAUUCUAAAAGCACAACUGGAAGUGCCAGGGAAAAGCUUGAAAAGAAAACUAAAACCAGAUCCACAGAUCUAACUGGCAGAUCAGAGACUCGUAGGUCUUUACAGAGUGCUGGAAAAGUGAGACAGCCAUCUCUAGACUUAACUGAUGAUGACCAAACAUCUAGUGUGCCUCAUUCUACUGUCUCUGACAUACUGUCUUCAGAUCAAGAAACUUAUUCCAGCCGGUCUCAAGGCAGAGCACCUUUUACCUCUACAGAUGAACUACUACAUUCUAAACUGGAAGCCACAAAGUCAACCAGAAAUACAGCAUCCACUGCACUUUCUCCUGCAAAUAAAUCUGUAACAUUGCCUAGGCCUCGGCCUACUAGGACAUCAACAUUGCGUAGAGCACGACUUGGAGAUGCAUCUGACAGUGAAGUAGCAGAUGCUGAUAAACUGUCUGUGGCCUCUGAAGUGUCAACCACUAGUUCUACUACAUCAAAACCCCCUUCAGGAAGAAAAACACCUUCUAGACUUGACUUACUAGCUCAGCCACGCAGAACAAGGUUGGGUUCUAUAUCUGCUCGCAGUGACUCUGAAGCAACAGUAUCUAGAAGUUCUGCUACCUCUCGCAAUCUUGAUUCUGCUGUUAGAACUGGACUUCGUACAGCUUCAGGCACUGACAGUAAGCUUUCCUCUAGAACAAGAGCUAAUAGCAUUUCUCGGAUGCCAGAUUCAAAAGCUAAACCAGUAGCCCUAAUACACAGUUCUCCAGCAGAGAUGUUAGCAGUUCUUCAAAGCAGAGCCCAGAUGGAUAAGGGUACCUUUAAGGGCAAAGAAGAAAUGCAGUCCAGCCUGGAAUUAAAAGUAAAUUCCAGAUGGAGACGUUUUCCCACAGAUUAUGCUUCUACAUCUGAAGAUGAGUUUGGUUCUAAUCGUAGUUCUCCUAAACAUGCCCGCCUGCGGUCUACUGCUGUCUUGAAAAAUAUACGACUUCAGUGUGCAGGGGCUGCAUUGCCAGGCACAUCACCACUGAAACACAAAUUAAAGGAGCAAGAAGAGUACAUAAGAGACUGGACUGUUCAUCGUGAAGAAAUAGCCAGAAUCAGCCAGGACUUGGCUAUCAUUGCUCGAGAAAUCAAUGAUGUGGCAGGUGAGAUUGACUCUGUAACUUCGUCAGGGACUGCCCCAAGCACAACAGUAAGCACUGCUGCUACUACCCCCGGCUCUGCCAUAGACACCCGGGAAGAGGUAGGAGACCUUCAUGGAGAAAUGCAUAAGUUGGUUGACCGUGUCUUCGAUGAGAGUCUGAACUUCAGAAAGAUUCCACCAACAAUACAUAGUAAAGGGUUAGAAGUGAACCACAGACCAAAGGAAGCACCGGGUCAAAAUGCAGAACCUCCAGAACCACAGCCUCUUACAAGGAGAAGAACGUGGAGCAGAGAUGAAGUUAUGGGAGACAGUCUGUUGCUAUCCUCUGUUUUCCAGUUCUCAAGGAAGAUAAGGCAUGCAGUAGAUAAAACAGCUGGUAAAAUUCGGAUAUUAUUUAAGGACAAGGGUCGGAACUGGGAAGAAGUAGAGAAGAAACUGCAACCAGAAAUUGAAGUCCCUAUUGUGAAGACGUCAAGCAUGGAAAUUUCAUCAAUCUUGCAGGAGUUAAAACGAAUCGAAAAGCAGUUACAAGUAAUCAACGCUAUGAUUGACCCAGAUGGUACACUAGAAGCAUUGAGCAAUCUAGGACUGAACAGUUCCAGCUUGAUAACUCAGCCUAAGAUGAAGUCCAGUGCGUCCACCCAAAAUUCUCAGCCUCAAGUCCCAGCACAUAGCCUGAUUGAUAGCAAGGCCAUCCGAUCUGCCAUUGUUUCUGUGUCUUCAGAGUUUGAUAGUGUUGAGUCAGAACUUGACUUCAGUAUCCACUUCAACAGAUUCAAUCCAGAUGGUGAAGAAGAAGAUCCCUCUGUUAAUGAAUAAUUUAUUUUCCAGCAUCUACAGUACCUUUCGCAAUGAACAGCACACAUUGUCAUGAACAAAAGACGAGUUACAUUUUUUAAAGAAAAUAUUUGAUCACUGAUGUUUCACUGUGUUUGCUGUAAUGUUAUCAACAAACUGAAUCCAGCAAAGUUGUAUAUUAAAAAUGAACUCUAGCUGUUAUCAUUAUCUGUGCUUUGCAGGCUUUUUUUAAAAUGCUGGAUUCUUCAUUUGUUCAGCUUUACAUGCAGAUAAGUGGAACUGACGGUGCUGAAACUCUUAGUCACUUGUGCCAAGCUGCUUAGAAAUGCUCUUGUCAUGUAACAUCGUUAAAAAGCAGCAUUUGUUUUGUGAGCCAGCCAUUCUUAUCUAGGGUAAAGAAGCAUCCUUUGUUUGGUAAUUCAGAUUUAGUGUUUAAGAUAGGCAAUCAAGGAAAUAAGUCAUGUAUUGGUUGGGUGGGGGGGACUGUAAUGCUUCUGCAACAAGGUGCAUCACAUUGCAGUUUACAGCAUCUUUGAUUAUGUUUGCACUGAGACUGUAUGGGACGAUGGAGAUGACUGUAAAUUACUAAGAUACUGGCUGCCAUAUACUGUAGAUAGUGUACUACUAAAGAUGAUAUGAUGGUUUCGAACAUAAGGGUUGUCAUUCACUUUUCCAGCAGUCAUUUUGCUUAUUUAAUCAUUCUUUUAUGUCAUUUUACAACAUUAACGAGAUUCUCACCAUCGUUGGUAACAAGUCUAAACUCGCCAUAGCAGGUGUUUAGCACUGCUGCUAAAGAUACGGAAAGAGAAGUUAGGCUGAGCCUGUACUUUUCAUGUGCAAUUUUUGUAAUAAGGUAGUAGCUGCCAUGAUAUUUAAAGGACCUCAUCCUUUAACUGGUAGGGUCCAGUCUUAGGGUCAGAAUCUGAACAUGAUUUUAGGCAUUAGAAUUAAAGUAAUGCAUCCAGGUAUUCUACCCCUGUGGUAUAUUUAAGUAAUACACGUAGAUGACAGCCAUGGUACUUCACUAACUGUUAUAAUAUGUAGACUAUCCUGACAAACUCUGUAGAAUCUGCAAAAGAUUUACUUGCAAAAGAGAAAAAUAAAUAAAUGUUUGCCUGAAUAUAAGUGACCUCAUGUUCCAGAACACUAUCAUUCAGGAAACUGUUUUUGUUUCUGCUUUAUAUGGUCUGUACUAGACUGGAGUUUCCCAUGUAAGUGCACAACUUGUAUAGCAAGGUUAACAGUUCUUAUGAAGACAUUUCAGAGGAAAUCAAGCAAUAACAAUUAACACUAUGUGCUUGAGGUGAGACCUAUUUUUUUCUGUGCAUUUUCAGCAACUGUACAGGAUUUCUAUAACCAUAUGAAAACUUACAAAUUUGUCACUUUGGCAGAUAUUUUGAGUUCAUUAAGUACUUCAGCUUUUAUAGCUCCUGUAAAAUAAUGAAUUGACACUUUAAUUUAGUAGAAAUUAAUAAUUAAAAAAGGUGAAAAACAUUCUGCACAACAAGCCUUUUCAAGUGGUGGCUGUGGGCAGUUUUCUGUAGUACUUUGCUUUUCAGAAUAAAAUGUCAUAACAUCUUAUGGAAAUUAUUUUUUUUUCAUUUUCAUGGUUGGAGGCUGUACCUACCAAAGGAAGUUUCUCAGUACUUUAUGUACAGAUUUGGGCCUGACUUGUAGACUUGCCCAGAUGCAUUUUGUUCUGGUCUUGCUGAACAUUGCUAUCAGUUAAGAUUACAACAGAACAAAAAGCAUAGUACUUCUUUCAUAUAUGUAUGCAUGCACAAGUUUACAUGCAUAUGCAUAUAUGAAUGAUAUUUAUACAUAUUCCAGCUCUCAGCUCAUAUCUUGAUUUGUGUUUGCUCAACCAUUUUUAUAUUUGUGUUAUAUAAACAAUGUUUUGCAUUUACAAUGUGUAAUUCUUGUUUUGUAUGGAUGUUUUAUUUUAUUUUAUUUAUUUUUGUUUAUAUUUUAUGUAUGUUAAUUUGUUGUUUACGUUCAGAAUUCAUUUUGAAUAAAGUGUUUCUGGAAUGUGCA